AAUGCCCCCCCCGGGCUGAGCCUCCCCGAGAUCGGCCGAUAUCAGAGCGGUUGCAGCCGCCGCCGACGGCUCGAGGCAGCAGACUCUGGGACACCUGUUGCCACGGAGACUAGCACAAGGGCGGGAAAAAUUACCUGUAACAACAGGUGCUGUUGAGGACCGUCCGACAUGUCGUCCUCGGUUCUGCGGAGUCUGCUGCGUUGUGGUCGAACCUUCCUCAGCACACGGCCGUCGACAGAAACCUCCGCAGCCUCCGAGCGGGUGGGCGGGGCUUUGUUGGGCAUGGUGGGCGUGCGGCGGGCCGGCGGGUCGUUCCGUCUGGACAGCGACGGCAGCGGGCGGCCGGUGACCUGGGACUCAUUCGGCAUCUGGGACAACAGGAUAGAGGAACCGAUCCUGCUGCCGUCCAGCAUCAGAUAUGGAAAACCGAUUCCUCAGGUCAGCCUGUCCCGGGUCGGCAGCGCGUCCGUCCUGGGCCUCAGGAAGCAGAACGAGGACCGUCUCCGCAUCGCCCGUAUCCAUGACAACCUGCUGUACUUCGCCGUGUUCGACGGCCACGGUGGCCCGCACGCCGCCGACUACUGCUACACCUUCAUGGAGAAGUUUAUCAGAGACGCUCUGGAGGACGAGGACGACCUGGAGAGGGUUUUGAAGAAAGCGUUUUUAGAUGCCGACAGAGCUCUACACACACACCUGAGCUACUUCAACAAAGCCUCCUUCCUGACCGCCGGCACCACGGCGACAGUUGCCAUGCUACGCGACGGCGUGGAGCUGGUGGUCGGCAGCGUCGGCGACAGUCGGGCCAUGUUGUGCCGGAAGGGACGAGCCACCAAACUCACCAAGGACCACACGCCUGACCGCAAGGACGAGAGACACCGGAUCCAGAGGUGCGGCGGCUUCGUGACGUGGAACAGCGUGGGCCAGGCCAACGUCAACGGGCGACUCGCCAUGACGCGCAGCAUCGGCGACUUCCACCUGAGGAGCAGCGGCGUCAUCGCCGAGCCGGACACGCGACGACAAACUGUCCGACACACCGACGACUCCUUCCUCGCUCUGACCACCGACGGCAUCAACUUCCUGCUGAGUGACCAGGAAGUGUGCGACGUGAUCAGCCAGUGCCAGGACCCCACAGAGGCGGCCGACGUCAUCGCUCAGCAGGCGCUGCAGUAUGGCUCCGAGGACAACGCCACCAUCGUCGUCAUCCCGUUGGGGGCCUGGGGCAAACAUCAGAGCUCCACCGCCGCUUACAGCGUGAGCAGAAACUUUGCCUCGAGUGGGAGAUGGGCGUAGAAGAUCGACGUACACCACCAUCAAUUAUUAUUUAAAAUCCCCUGAACUCGUCGGAUGAGCACGAGGCCCCUUCACCGUGUACAUUUAGACCACAGACUGUAAAUAAGAUGGAUGACAUGAAGCCAAAUCACCUGGAUCGCCCCCUGGUGGCUGAUGGGACAUAGACUAAACCCCCAAACGUGAGGUCGUUCUCAUCACACUGACGUCUGUUCACGUGUUUCUCAUCAGUUUGAUUUUAUUUGGUUAUUUGAUGAUAUAAAAAAAAAAAACGGGCAUAGACGUCAUGAUUGGUCGAGAGCGUGUGUGUGGGCGGGACCUCGAUACGACCACGACUGCACAGACUCUGGCCUCAAAUAACGUCAGAAAGAGCAAAGAGGGCAUCUCCCGUAUACGAGAUAUUUAAUUUCUGUAAGUGUGACACUAACACCAGGGAUGGAACGAGAACGAGAAUAUUUUUUUUCUCACUAACUUACUUUAACAAAUAAAAAAAAAAUUGGAAUAAAA